AUGAAGCUCGUCUUUAAAAAUAUUGAAAGAGAUGGCUGCGGGAGUAUUGCCCUUAUCCCUGAGGAACCAGAGGAUAUGUGGCACGCUUACAAUCUCAUCGCGACUGGGGACGCUGUUACAGCUUCCACAGUUCGCAAAGUGCAAACAGAGUCCUCCACUGGAUCUUCCACUAGUAGUAGAGUGAGAACAACACUCACAAUUACUGUUGAAACUAUUGAUUUUGAUACACAAGCAUGUGCGCUGAGAUUAAAGGGCCGGAAUAUUGUGGAGAAUCAAUAUGUGAAGAUGGGUGCAUACCACACACUAGACUUAGAGUUAAACAGAAAGUUCACAAUGCGAAAGACACUGUGGGAUUCAGUAGCUCUUGAAAGGGUUGACAUGGCAUGUGAUCCUGCUGCUAAUGCUGAUGUUGCCGCAGUAGUAAUGCAAGAGGGUUUGGCACAUGUUUGCUUAAUCACACCUUCUAUGACAUUAGUAAGGUCUAAGAUUGAUAUUACGAUUCCUAGGAAGCGAAAAGGUUUUGUACAGCAACAUGAAAAGGGACUCAAUAAAUUCUAUGAAGCGGUAAUGCAAGGAAUUUUGAGACAUAUUGACUUCAGCAUUGUAAAAUGUGUGAUUCUCGCCUCACCCGGUUUUGUCAAAGAUCAGUUUUAUGACUAUAUGAUGCAACAAGCAGUCAAAACUGAUAACAAAUUGCUCAUUGAAAAUAAAAGCAAAUUCUUAUUGGUCAAAGCUUCGUCUGGGUUCAAACAUUCUCUAAAAGAAGUAUUGCAAGAACAAGCAGUAAUGGCCAAGAUAUCCGACACUAAGGCUGCCAGUGAGGUGAAGUUGUUGGAAAGCUUUUACACAAUGUUGCAGCUGGAACCCGCCAAAGCGUUCUACGGCAAGAAACACGUGCAGCGCGCGAACGAAGCGCUUGCUAUUGAAACUCUCAUGAUUUCUGAUAAGUUGUUUAGGUGUCUAGAUAUACAACAGAGGAAAGAAUAUGUAGCCAUAGUUGAUUCAGUGCGAGAAAAUGGCGGCGAAGUAAGGAUCUUUUCCAGCAUGCAUGUGUCUGGAGAACAAUUGGAUCAAUUGACUGGUAUUGCCGCGAUCCUGCGCUUCCCAAUGCAAGAGCUCGAAGACAGUGAUGCAGAAGGCGAUGAUAGCGAUAAUGAUACUGAUUAG